AUGAGACCUGGGCUUUUGUCAUCAGUCGGGGUCGCCCUGGCCGCCCUUGUCGGCGGCUGGCUGAUUCCUUGGACGAGAGCUACACGAAUAUACCCCUGCGGAGAACACUCGCGAAUUCCCUACCCAAUGGUCGACGUGUCCUGCAUAGUCGGCUUCGAAUGCCACGAAAUAGAUCUGCUGUACGAGGUUCACCCCACGGACUCGACGCCCGGAGUGAGGAAAGCUGCCAACGAUCGGAGGUCGUCGUCAACGUUAACGGCAGUAAAAAAUAGUAAUCGCCAGCAACAACAUUUGGAUUCGGAAAGCGAUGGAAACGUUUUCAAGUUUCGUAGCAGCAAUAGCAACAACAACAACAACAAUAGACAUCGCAACUCCAAUAACUACUACCGCAAUGCCAUUUCUCUCGCGCCGAACUCGAAUAUCCGGAUACCGCACAGACUAGUGCUUCCGGAGGAAAUGCCCCGCCAUUUCAUGCUAUCUUCCCGGCUCAAGUCGGAAAGUCCAUUAGGGGGCUAUUUGUUCGCUGUGUUGGACUCAUCGGACACCGUUAUCCAGCUCGGCAUGUACAUGCACCCGGUGGACAACUUUAAACAAAAUAUUACCAUCUAUUAUUCAGAUACGAGAAACACCAGAAACAACCAGAUUGCAAAAUUUGUUAUUGACGACUUCACCGGAUCGUGGAUAUGGUAA